AUGACCAAACUCGGUCAAAGUCUUGAUCCAAAUCCUGUUCAGGAGUCAGUUCAUAGAUCGGUGCCUUAUGGAUUGGUUUGUAGUAUGACCAAACUCGGUCAAAGUCUUGAUCCAAAUCCUGUUCAGAAGAGAGGCGGCGUAAAGAAACCACGCUCUGCUACCACUUUUGGUUUCUUCAGUGAAUUGCCGCUAUUAUGCAUUAGUGUGCUGAAUGAAAAGUCCGUAGCAGCGUUGCCACCGGGACCUAACGUCCUGCGAGUCGCAGGAGCAGCGAAAGGAAUCAAGUGCUCAUUACAGGAUUUUUUUCCAGGUUGUGAAGAUGUUGAUCCUGUGCAGCAACGGAAAGCUUCUGAGAAGAAGUCCGCAGAAAAUAAGAUUUUGCCACCAUUCCACCAACAGCGACGAAAAUGGAAUCGAGUCACGUUGGGUCACCACGCUUUUCCUCUGGUUCCCGCAGCAGAACUUCAUUCGAAGUUUGUCAGGUUUCGGAACGGGGGGGAUGAAAAGAGAGGUCAUGAUGUGGAGCACGUCGUCGGAACCACGACUGCGACCCUGUUCAUUUAUUCAUAUUUACACCUUUCAGUUCGCGCAAAGCAAGGAAGGCCACUAUCUAUAUACAGAACUGAACCAAUUACACUGCUCGGUCAUCCAGAAAAUGACAGACGCAUCAUGCAAUCAUUGUUUGCUCAUCAUGACCCCGGGAAGGCCAGUGAAAAGCCGUGGAAAAGUCGGGGGGGAUGGAGAUUCUGUUUCGCCAUCUUUAUCCGCAAAUCAUUCUUUGAGGAGGGAUACGUGGCUGAGAACAAGCUUGAGGAGCAAGCCAACGAAUUUUCUUCUUCCAACUUGUGGGAUUCGAUCGUGCAUUCGGAAGAUGGGCGUAUUUUCAAGUUCGUGUUCAUGUUCACACCCACUGUUAUAACGACAAAGAGACGAAUGGCCCUGUUCAGACAUCCUUGGUUCCAGAGUGGUAACGGUCGUGAUAGGUCAACAACAUUGAGUGCUACGGGAUUCAAGUCUUGCAAAGAAGUCGAUACUGGCUUCAUUCUGUGCAGUUCUGGUAGCAUUGGAGCCCCCUUCACAGCCGCCAAUGCGGCGGCUGUGAAGGCGGCUGUUGAUGUUGAUGCUGGGCUACAACAAAAUAAAUUGGAACAUGUCUGA